AUGCGUUUAAUACAAAUAUUAUUGACAGUAUUUUGUGGUAUUCUAUUAGCAAACGGAAUAUUUGAAUAUCUGAUACUUGGAAUAUUUGGUUUAGUAUUUAAUAUUCGAUCAAAAUAUGAUUCAAUACUAUUAAUUCUGUUGGGCAUUCUAUUGUCGCUUUUUUCAAUAUAUGCAUUAAUUGCUAUUUGGAAAAAUAAUAUUAAAUUAUUAAUCGUUUCUAUAAUCAUUUUAAUUAUUCUAUUUAUAUUAACAUUAGUUAAAAGUAUAACAGAAAUAAAUGAAUUGGGAUUACGAUUAAUAAGAACCGAAUGGAUUGCCAUUCGUAUUACAGAAUUAGUUUUAAGAUUAACUGGUAUUAGUACUUUGAUGGUUUAUAUAAUUCAAUUAAAACAAGAUUAUUAUCUGAUUAACUCGUGA